AUGGAAUUUUAUCUUUCUGUUCUUUUUAUUCUUGCUACUGCGGAGAAGAUGAAACCUACACCAAACUUGUCGUCGUCGGAGGAGGAGAAGGAGGAGACAGGGGCGGAGCUACAGCCAUGUAAGGGUGUUCACGUGAACACCCUUCGCCGGAAAAUUACACAAAGGUAUAUAGGUCAAAUUCUACUAAAUAUUGAAUCAGAUUUUGUGCAUCUCCAUCAAAGUCGCUCCAAGGCUCGCAAAUUCUUCCUUGUGCCCAAAACAAAAGGUUCUUACAUUAUAGAGCAAAAGGAAGAUGGCAAAGCCUCUAUAUGGAACUUUGAUUUUCUCUACGACCACUUAAUGUGCGCUAAUGGUCUGUUUUCCUUAUGGACGGAAUAUACGCAGCCUGUUGCAAUUUGUAAUCCCAGUACAAGAGAAGUAAUACCUCUUCCCCGCCUGAAAGAACCUUUUCCUUCUAAAUGUCCAUCAUUAUUCUAUGCAUUAGGUUAUGAACCCGAGGAAAACAAAUAUAAAGUUUUAAUGACAGUGAAAAAUACAACACGAUCCACAAGAAGCUGGGUUUUCACUUUAGGUAUAAAUGAAUCAUGGAGAGAGAUCAAAAGUAUCACUGAUGAUUUUCGUUCAUAUCGGGAGGGAAUCUGCAUUAGUGGAGUUAUCUAUAUGGUGGAUCUCUACGGUAAUUUCAUAGUUGCAUUUGAUGCAAAAACUGAAAAUUUCAGAAGUAUCGGAUGGCCGAAUGCUUUAAAUAACGGUUUAAUGUACUUUUAUCCAUUGUUAGAAGUGAAGGGAAAUUUAGCAGUCCUAAAGUACAUGAAUGGCGUGGAUUUGUGGAUUUUAGAAAAUACUGGAAAAGAAGAAUGGAAGAGUCAUAUCAUUUGCUUUCCAUCACAAUGGAAAGAUUUAGGACUAUUUAAUUCAAGAACAAGAAUAUGCGGUUCUUGUGAUGGAGAGAUUAUAUUCGUCGUGAUCAAGUCAGACAUGUUUGCAUGUUAUUGGUUUGACUUUAGGAAAACUAGUUGGAGAUAUUUGGAAACCAAGGGACUUCCAGAUGAGGACUGGAUAGAUUUUAAGAAAAAUAAUUUUAGAAAUAUUUUAAAGCCUCUAUAUAGUUACGUAGAAACCCUCUUCUCAUUGAAAAAUAUUCCUCACCAAGAUUAA